AGUCCCUUAAACCGUACUACUUUCCUUACAAGUUUUUUUUUUUUUUUGAAAAAAGUGCUUUGAGAAAGCAAAAAUGGCUCUCAAAAAAUCAAACAAACUACCUCAAACAGCAGCUUUGAAACAAAUUCUCAAGAGAUGCUCAAGCUUUGGGAAGAAGAAUAAUGGGUACGAUGCAGAAGGGCUUCCUGAUGAUGUGCCAAAAGGCCAUUUUGCUGUCUAUGUUGGAGAGAAUAGAAGCAGAUACAUAAUUCCAAUUUCAUGGUUGACUCACCCUGAGUUCCAAAGUCUGCUUCAAAGAGCUGAGGACGAGUUUGGCUUUAAUCAUGACAUGGGCCUUACCAUUCCUUGUGAAGAAGUUGUUUUUAGGUCUCUAACGUCAAUGAUCAGAUAAAAUUGGAAGUAUGACAAAGAUGAAGCGGCUUCAUUUUGUUAUGAUAUAAAUAACUUCUACUCGAACUAGCUAAUAUGAUCAAUGAAAAGAUUUAAGGGGUACUAUAGUAGUGGUUUUGACCAUAACUUGUUGACAACUUUUGUAUUUAAAGUGUGCGUUUGGAUUGAAA